UCUCACUUCCUCUGUUCUCUGAGCUGUUGGCACGGGAAGUGAGCGCCAAGCAUCCUUCCCUGCAGCUGCCGCCCAACCUGCCUGCCAGACCCUCUGGAGAAGCCGCAUUCCCUGUCAUGGGCCCCUACUGUGCCCUGCACCCCCUUUCUCUCCUGGUGCAGGCAGCGGCACUGGCAGCGGCCCUGGCUCAGGGCACCCUGCCUGCCUUCCUGCCCUGUGAGCUCCAGCCCCGUGGUCAGGUGAACUGCAACUGGCUGUUCCUGAAGUCUGUGCCGCGCUUCUCGGCCGGAGCCCCCCGGGCCAACGUCACCAGCCUCUCCUUAGUUUCCAACCGCAUCCACCACUUGCAUGACUCCGACUUCGUCCACCUGUCCAACCUGCGGGUCCUCAACCUCAAGUGGAACUGCCCGCCGGCCAGCCUCAGCCCCAUGCACUUCCCCUGCCGCAUGACCAUCGAGCCCAACACCUUCCUGGCUGUGCCCACCCUGGAGGAGCUGAACCUGAGCUACAACGGCAUCACGACCGUGCCUGCCCUGCCCAGUUCCCUCGUGUCCCUGUCGCUGAGCCACACCAGCAUCCUGGUGCUAGACCCCACCCACUUGGUCGGCCUGCAGGCCUUGCGCUUUCUGUACAUGGACGGCAACUGCUACUACAAGAACCCCUGCCAGCGGGCCCUGGAGGUGGCCCCGGGUGCCCUCCUCGGCCUGGGCAACCUCACGCACCUGUCGCUCAAGUACAACAACCUCACGGAGGUGCCCCGCCGCCUGCCCCCCAGCCUGGACACCCUGCUGCUGUCCUACAACCACAUUGUCACCCUGGCACCCGAGGACCUGGCCAAUCUGACCGCCCUGCGCGUGCUUGACGUGGGCGGGAACUGCCGCCGCUGCGACCACGCCCGCAACCCCUGCCGGGAGUGCCCAAAGAACUUCCCCAAGCUGCACCCCGACACCUUCAGCCACCUGAGCCGCCUCGAAGGCCUGGUGUUGAAGGACAGUUCUCUCUACAAACUAGAGAAAGAUUGGUUCCGCGGCCUGGACAGGCUCCAAGUGCUUGACCUGAGUGAGAACUUCCUCUAUGACUACAUCACCAAGACCACCAUCUUCUGGAACCUGCCCCAGCUGCGCAGACUCAACCUGUCCUUCAAUUACCACAAGAAGGUGUCCUUCGCCCACCUGCACCUGGCGCCCUCCUUUGGGGGCCUGGUGUCCCUGGAGAAGCUGGACAUGCAUGGCAUCUUCUUCCGCUCCCUCACCCAGACCACGCUCCAGCCACUGACCCACCUGCGCAAGCUCCAGAGUCUGCGUCUGCAGCUGAACUUCAUCAACCAGGCCCAGCUCAGCAUCUUUGGGGCCUUCCCAAGCCUGCUCUUCGUGGACCUUUCAGACAACCGCAUCAGCGGAGCCGCGACGCCAGCGGCCGCCCUGGGGGAGGUGGACAGCAGGGUGGAGGUCUGGCGGUCACCCAGGGGCCUCGAUCCAGGCCCGCUGGACACCGUCAGCUCAAAGGACUUCAUGCCAAGCUGCAACCUCAACUUCACCUUGGACCUGUCACGGAACAACCUGGUGACGAUCCAGCAGGAGAUGUUUACCCGCCUCUCCCGCCUCCAGUGCCUGCGCCUGAGCCACAACAGCAUCUCGCAGGCGGUUAACGGCUCCCAGUUUGUGCCGCUGACCAGCCUGCGAGUGCUCGACCUGUCCCACAACAAGCUGGACCUGUAUCAUGGGCGCUCGUUCACGGAGCUGCCGCAGCUGGAGGCACUGGACCUCAGCUACAACAGCCAGCCCUUCAGCAUGCAGGGCGUGGGCCACAACCUCAGCUUCGUGGCCCAGCUGCCCUCCCUGCGCUACCUCAGCCUUGCGCACAACGGCAUCCACAGCCGCGUGUCACAGAAGCUCAGCAGCGUCUCGCUGCGGGCCCUUGACUUCAGCGGCAACUCCCUGAGCCAGAUGUGGGCCGAGGGAGACCUCUAUCUCUGCUUCUUCAAAGGCUUGAGGAACCUGGUCAGGCUGGACCUUUCUGAGAACCAUCUGCACACCCUCCUGCCUCGUCACCUGGACAACCUGCCCAAGAGCCUGCGGCGGCUGCGUCUCCGGGACAAUAACCUGGCCUUCUUCAACUGGAGCAGCCUGACCCUCCUGCCCCGGCUGGAAGCCCUGGAUCUGGCGGGAAACCAGCUGAAGGCCCUGAGCAACGGCAGCCUGCCGCCCAGCACCUGGCUCCGGAAGCUGGACGUGAGCAGCAACAGCAUCGGCUUCGUGACCCCUGGCUUCUUCGUCCUCGCCACGGGGCUGAAAGAGCUUAACCUCAGCUCCAAUGCCCUGAAGACGGUGGAGCCGUCCUGGUUCGGCGCUUUAGCAGAGACCCUGAAGAUCCUAGACGUGAGCGCCAACCCACUGCACUGCGCCUGCGGGGCGGCCUUCGUGGACUUCCUGCUGGAGAUGCAGGCAGCCGUGCCCGGGCUGUCCAGGCGCGUCACGUGUGGCAGUCCAGGCCAGCUCCAGGGCCGCAGCAUCUUCGCACAGGACCUGCGCCUCUGCCUAGAUGAGACCCUCUCCCUGGACUGCUUUGGUCUCUCGCUGCUAAUGGUGGCGCUGGGCCUGGCAGUGCCCAUGCUGCACCACCUCUGUGGCUGGGACCUCUGGUACUGCUUCCACCUGUGUCUGGCCCGUCUGCCCCGACGGGGGCGGCGGCGGGGCGAGGACACCCUGCUCUACGAUGCCUUCGUGGUCUUCGACAAGGUGCAGAGCGCAGUGGCCGACUGGGUGUACAACGAGCUCCGCGUGCAGCUGGAGGAGCGCCGCGGGCGCCGGGCGCUCCGCCUCUGCUUGGAGGAGCGAGACUGGCUCCCCGGCAAGACGCUCUUUGAGAACCUGUGGGCCUCGGUCUACAGCAGCCGCAAGACCAUGUUCGUGUUGGACCACACGGACCGGGUCAGCGGCCUCCUGCGCGCCAGCUUCCUGCUGGCCCAGCAGCGCCUGUUGGAGGACCGCAAGGACGUCGUGGUGCUGGUGAUCCUGCGCCCCGCUGCCUACCGGUCCCGCUACGUGCGGCUGCGCCAGCGCCUCUGCCGCCAGAGCGUCCUCCUCUGGCCCCAUCAGCCCAGCGGCCAGGGUAGCUUCUGGGCCAACCUGGGCAUGGCCCUGACCAGGGACAACCGCCACUUCUAUAACCGGAACUUCUGCCGGGGCCCCACCACAGCCGAAUAGCACAGAGUGACUGCCCAGCACUCCUUUAACCCCACCCCC